AGAAUCUAGAAAUUUUAGGUAAAUUUUGUUGGCCACCCUGCAACUAUAACCUCACAUUUGGUUUGUUGUGUUUGUAACGCAUUUUGGCGGUGCGUAAAUUUAUUAAAAACCCUCGAAGAUCAAAUAACCAAAACAGACAUGAUUAUCCCAGUACGUUGUUUCACAUGUGGAAAGGUGAUCGGCAACAAAUGGGAGGCCUAUUUGGGUCUCCUCCAGGCCGAAUAUACUGAAGGUGACGCUUUGGACGCCCUCGGUUUGAAAAGAUACUGUUGUAGAAGGAUGUUGCUUGGACACGUUGACCUUAUUGAGAAGCUUCUUAACUAUGCUCCCUUGGAAAAGUAGAUUUAUGGUGUGUUUAGGAAUAUGAUAUGUAUGUGAUAUGUUUAAUAAAUAGUUUAAGUUUUUAA